CAAAUUGUUGUUAAACAAGUGGAAUCUGACAUUUUUAACAUCCAACAUGUUUUAGAGAAGCUUUGCUAAACAAUGCGAGACUGGAUGACAGAAAAAUCUGUAAUUUUAUACUAGCAAUGGGAGCCUCAUUUUGUUAUUAACCAGGUUUUACAGGCAGGCAUUUAAAAGGAGAAAGUUGCAUUUCACCCUUGAACAUUUUAAUACAGGAAGUAUGUCAUGCCAGAGGUAAUAAAUCAUUUCAAACUACCCUCCUUUCUCCCCAGCCCUCAAGUAGGAGUCACACUCAAUACAUUUAACACUCUGCACAGGACUUGCAGAGUCACAGUUGCAUUGGAGUCUUGUUGUGUGAAAUUUAGUAAGCCACCCACGAUGGAUGUGAAAGCGCUUGCAGUUAUAACCCUGCUGAUGAUGACAAUGUACAUCCAUGUAUCCCAUGCAAAGCCAUUCAGCCUGGGCCAGAGAUGCUGGUGCAGAUCUCCUGAGAAAAGUGUGCACAAGAACAAUGUCAAGAAUCUGAAGUUUAUGAACACUCCCAACUGCCCUCUGCAGAUCAUUGCAACAAUGAGAAAUGACAAGCAAGUAUGUCUUGACCCUGAGACUAAAUGGCUACAGCAAUACUUGAAGAAUGCUAUUAACAAGUAAGGAGAAAUACUUCUUGACAAGAUUAAAAAAUCAAGAGGCAUUUGAAAACACGUGCUGGAUUACAGCUCCUUUCACCCAUGUAAUAUUUGUAUUCUUCUCUGGACUGCUUGCUGUAACAGCACUUAACCACCAUACAUGUAUGUUGAGACAUUGAUACUGCCACCUGCAUCAACACUGCUUUUACUGACAAUAUAAAUUAUAUAUGUGAAAUUAUAUGUAGAUGUCUUAUAUAACUAUGAUACAGGUCACACGUCUGUGAGUUUAACUGCUUGUUCCUUGAUGUUUAUGUGCUGGUGAACUAAAUUGCUUUUGGACUAGAGAGUCAGACAAAACUAACUGAAGUUAAUUUUUAAAGAAUAACUUGUAGACUGCCUUCCACCCUUCGUAAUUAAUUUCUCAAAUUGCAUAGUAACAGAUGCACAAUAACUACCUUCCCAUUUACAUGCUACGGUUUGGCAUCACCAGAGCCAUACACAAUCAUAAGUUUACAGUGCUGCAAUAAGAAGCUGGUUUGCAACUUAACUGUACUGCUGCCGUUUGACCCAAUUGAAUGCACUUUAGUUUAUUCACAUGGCUGCAUUUGCCAGCAAACAGUGAUUUGGGCUGUUUGAUAAGUGAAUAAAAUGGAUCACCUGAGGCAAACUUUCUGUAUUUGUAAGAAACCCUUUGCAUAUGAGAAUCAUUUUAAGGUCUGUAAUCUCCAUUUAUAUACUGAGUGCAAAAUGUAGUUAUUCUCCAUUUAAAAUGAAGACUCUUUCAAGUACACACUGCAAAAAUGUUCCCAUAAGAACAUCAUACUAGCAAUUACUGUGUAAAUGAUUUUUGUCUUGCUAUGUUUUAAACAGCUUUUAAUGCCUGUUUUUCAGUUUGAGAUUUUAUUACUGUUUAAUUUGCUUGUUAUAUUUGCUUAUUGAAUUUUCUAGGAGGCAGAGAAUAGUCAGAUGCCUUACAUUUUAAUAGUGUAGGUAUUUUAUAAAAAUGUGUAAAAUGAAGGUAUUCCCAGAAUGUACAAAAACUACAGUAUGCUCAUAUCAAGAGAAUUCUAACUGCUACUUUGUGAAUUAUAAAGUAAUUUUAUUUUUUUUAUAUAAAAAAUUAAUUAAAUCCCAAAAUGAAUCAGAGUUCAUGAAGUCAAAAUAGUCAAGCUGUAUUUUUCCUCAUGCCACCCUAUUAUAGCUGCAAUACAUACAACUCUAGUUGUGGUGGUGGGGACAAAAUGUGGGCGGUCUGAGAAUAUUUGAUGUAUUUGCCAAGUUAAGUCACUGGAAGUGUUGCAGGGCUAUGUCAGUGACUGGACCAGGGCCAGUAAGUGCAAUAUUUAGACCCAGAAACAGUUUCAUUUGAUAAGUAAUGAAUCGUUUGGAUUGAAACCCCAUACUUACGCUUUUCCAUAUUCCAUGCUGUUUUCUUCACUAACUGCUCCCUGUCUACGGCUUGCAUCUUUCCUGGCCCAACAUCUAAAGCAGCCUGCCUUUUUAUAUGAAGCAGCCUGCAGGCAUGCACAUCCAUUUAAUCUCUGUAGAAGAAAUACUGUCUGUUCAACUAUACACAAUUCCUUAGAAAAAAAAGGCAAUUCUCUAGAGAAGGCCAUCACUGUCUAAAGUAGCCAUGAUUCAGAAUCCUUUAUACUUGUUCAUUAUUUGGCAUUUAGACAAAUAUGGUGUAAAUGGCUAGUUGGAGUUUCUGCACAUUACAUUUUAAAUUCCUAAUGCUUAAGGUCAAUUUGCAAUUCAAGACUACGCUUAAUAUUUGAAGUUUAAACUUUGUUUUUGCUACUCUGAUACCCCUCCUUCCUUUUACUGAGUAGGAGCAUUGUUUCUGCAUGUAAUUUCAUACUGACAGGGUAAUCUGGUAAUAUAUUUUGCAUUGUGUUUAAUCAGGGGAAGAGACUUAUUUUGAUUUAAAAUGGCAGCAGACCCACACAGGGACCAAACCUAAGUGUAAAAUGUUUAAUCUAAGCUUUCACUCGAUCUGGUAUGCCACAAUAAAUGCUGGUGCUUUUUCAUGGAGAGAGUUAGUCUUACACAAAGUGUGACACUUAUAUCAAAUGUUUAUUUCUUAUGACUUAUUCUCCCGCACAAUGUGAAGAACUAAUUCUUUUAAGGCAGCUUUAAAAAGAAGUAUACAAUAUACAAGGCAUUUUAUAUAGCCUUUUUUUUAAAUGAGAUUUUCACUAUAUCAAACCAGCAUUCAUAUAUUUUUGUAUUUUCAUUGCACUUGGUAAUUUUUCAAUAAACGUAUAAAGGAAAAA